GCGUAGUGAAUGGCGUGAGUUGGUGGGGCGCAGCUGCGGGCGUGGCUGGCAGCUUGGGCGUGGUGCUGGUGCUGGUUGUGGGCGUGUGGGCGGCCAGACGGUGGGCGGCCAGGAAGAACUCCGAGGAACGACAACAGAUUCUGCUCUGGCCGGGAGUUGGGGCCCAACCUUGUAGCUUCCAGACGCGAGAGAUCCGGUUCACCUUACCCCCGAGCCUCGCCCCUCUGGCCUCGGCCGUGACGGACGACGGACCUCCGGACUGUGACGCCGACGGGGACCUCCAGCCUCUCAACUCCAGUGCCGCCUUCACUGCCUGUGGGGGUGGGGGAAGCAGCGGGUCCUCGACGCAGGACUUCGCCUCUCCGUCUUCGACCUCCUUGGCGUCUCUCACCUCCCUGGACACCGCCGGGGGCAACAACGAAGCUCGGCGCAGUUCCAUCUCCGACCUGCGCAGGCGCUCUCUCCAAGGAUACAGCCUCGGCACACUGAAUCCUGAGCUGUACCGGAUCCCUGACCACCUGGACGACCCCUGUAACUACCCAGUAGGGCACCUAGGCCGACUGUUCCUCACUCUACACUACAGCCAGGAGAGCGAGAAGCUACAGGUGGGGCUCCUGCGGCUCAGAAACCUGCCGUCUAGGACCUUUGGCUCGACUAAUGCUUGCGAUCCUUAUGUGAGACUUAGCGUGAUGCCGGACGAGCGACGUUACCUGCAGACAAAACAGAAGAAGAAGACCUGCAACCCUGUCUUCGAUGAGCACUUCGGCUUCCACAUCCCUCUCCGGUGCGUGGCUGACAGGACUCUGAGGAUCAGUGUGUUCGACGGGGGGCGACACAAGCGACUCCCAGCCAUCGGCCACGUCUUCUGUCCCCUGGCCCAGGUGGUGGAGGACUCAGCGGCGGCGAUCAUAGCCGCUACGGCCACCAACGCCGCCGCCAUCCCUGCCACUGUCAUAGCCAGGGACCUGGUCAGGGAGGAGGAAUGUGAGGGUCGCAGCGACUUGGGAGAGGUCCUCGUCUCUCUCACAUUCAACGAUACUCUUCACCGUCUCACUCUCACUGUCUUCCAGGCCAGGGGACUCAAGGUGGGCGAAGGCGAGUCUGUGUCCUGGGUCAAGGUAUCUCUCAUGAGUCAGAGGCGGGCGAUCAAGAGCAAGAAAACGACAAUAGUGGCAGCGACCGACGACCCCCAGUAUAACGAGUCCUUCCAUUUCCGACCUCCGCCAGCCCUUGAGGGAGUUCACCUCAACAUCCAACUCCAUCUGGCCAAUAAUCCCACAUCCAAAGGCCGCGUAGUGGGGCGUGUGGUGAUUGGUUCCUUCAUGUUCGCACGAGGAAGAGCUCUCAACCACUGGAACGAGGUCCUCUCAGCUCCGAAGGAUGCCAUCCAGUACUGGCACCCACUCACCGAGUAGUGUAACACCCACUGAUCUCAUAGUGCCCAGGAUUGGCACUCAGAGGCCAAGUAGUGCCUAGUGUUGUCACCACUGACCAAUAGUGCCCAGUGCCAUUGUAAAAAUAUUCGUCGAAAAAGGAGAAUAAACCCCCCAUCCAGUCUCUGCACUGUGGAGACAUUAUGUUAUCUGGAGAAUGCUUGUGAUAUGUCUGCCUCUUAUGUAGCUGCUCCAGUCUCUUGUUAAUGUUACCUCAUCUAUAUUGUACUAUAAGCCCUCAACCAGUCACCAAGUGCUUCUCUAGUAUCACCAAGCACUUCACUAGUAUCACCGAGCCUUCAAGCAGUCACCAAGCCCUCAACCGGUCACCAAGCACUCCACUAGUAUCUAGUAUUGCCAGGCCCUCCACCUGUCACUAAGUGCUACUCUAGUAUAACAAACCUUCAAUUUAUCACAAAGUGUUCCCUUAUUAGCACAAAAAUCCCCAAACUGUUACCCAUUUUUGUUAUUAUCUCACAAGGUUCUUGACCUGUCACACCAAAUGCUUCUCUCAUCACCAAGACAUCUACUUGUUUCUUCAAGUACUUCUUGAGCCAUUAAGUCCUUGGGAUUUUACCAACCAAUUGACCUGUAAAAACCUGUAAGACCUGUAACAGUUUGUAUAAUA